AUGAUUAUGAUUAUUAAAUAUCUAUGUAAUAAAAUGUAAUAUAUUACUUUAUUAUUGUUAUUGCUAGAAAAGUGUGUCUGCUUAAUGUUUAUUCGUAAUUCGCCAAUUUCUUGUACUACCGAAAUUGUUUAUAUGCGUUCCUUGCAUUUAAUUUGCAGUGUAGUGUUACAUAGGUAGUUAUGAUCACAGCUAAUUAUUUUCAACAAAUAUACACAAACAGGAUUAAAAUAUAAGCGGCACGUUCAGGAGACUUUAAGUAUAACAUUAAUCUUCAGUGACCCUGCAGUAUGAUUUAGUAAAGUGGAAACCGUAAUAACCCGAAUGAACAAUGGGCUCGACCCAAGGGGAGAUUAGAGUUGGGCCUUCACAUCAGGCAAGGUUACCAGAUUUUCGAACAGCUGGCACGAGUACCAAUGGAAUAGUCGGAGAAGAUCGAGAAGAAGCCCGUUGGGUAUCGGGUACCGUUAGAGAUAGAGAUUUGUUAGUAUAUUUACGAGCUGCACGUUCAAUGGCCGCAUACGCUGGUAUGUGUGAUGGUGGAUCAGCUGACGAGGGCUGUAUAGCCGCGUCACGUGAUGAUACUACUAUAAACGCUUUUCACAUUUUGCAUGAUUCCGGUUACGAUCCUGGAAAAGCUCUACAGGCUUUAGUAAAAUGUCCUAUGCCUAAAGGAAUAGACAAGAAGUGGUCUGAAGAAGAAACUAAAAAAUUUGUAAAAGGAUUAAGACAAUAUGGGAAAAAUUUCCAUAGAAUCAGAAAGGACUUACUUCCGCAUAAAGAUACUCCAGAAUUAGUGGAAUAUUACUAUUUAUGGAAGAAAACACCGGGUGCAAAUAAUAAUAGACCACAUCGUAGAAGAAGACAAGGUUCUCUGAGAAGAAUCAGAGCUACUAGAGCAACAAGACCUUCAAGUGCACAGAAAGAUGAUGCCAGUACAGGACCUCGCCCAUCGCCAAUCUCAAAAGAAACAGGUGAUGGAAGUUCUGGUGUUAGUGAAGACGAUGGUGGAAAUACUGAAGAUGAUUCUGACUCAAGAGAUAACACUACGUUAUUUAGAUGUCAUCAUUGUUUUGCAACAAGUACCAGGGAUUGGCAAAAUGCAGCAAUUGGACCUAAACAAGGAAAUCUACUAUGUUUUGAGUGUCGAAGUUACAACAAGAAAUAUGGGGAAUUGCCUCCAACACCACAAUCGCCUGCUGAGUGUCCAAGUCCAGCAACUUCUGAUGUCACAGUCACUGCUGAUUCGCCCAGCAGGAUGCGUACACGCAAUAAAUCAAAAGAAACACCUACUAAAAGUACACAAGGUCGUUCUAAACGCAGUAGAGCUAAUACACCUGAAAUAAGUCAAGAGAAUGAGAAAAAAGAAGCAUCCGUGGCGUCACCUUCAACUGAAAAAAUAAAAGCCAAAGUAAAUUUAAAUGAAACGCCUAAAAAACGAUCAUUAGAUACUGAUGGCGAAGAAGAGAGUCCUAUGAAAAGAGAGUCCAAUAAUUCAGAAAGCACUAGUUCGGAUGGUUAUUCUGCUAAUGAUGAUGAUACACAAAUUGCUACGAUAGCUUCAAGUGAAUCGACAAAUCAAGAAGCUGAAGUAUCUGAAGCUAUGCAAAUUGAACCCAUUCCCGAUUCUGAGCUGUCAUCUGACGUUGUUCCUAAAGAAGAACCAAUCCAAGAACAAAACACUGAAUCUCAACCGGAAGAUACAGUUUUAGUUUCAGCCGAAAAUGUUAAUAAGAAUGAAAAUGUAGCUAUUAAAGAUGAAACUAAUGAAGAACCAAUGAACAUCGAUGCUCCUGAGGAAUCUCAACAAUCCGUAACCUCAACUGAAGAAACCGAAAAAGAAUCUGCGGAAAAAUGUAUGUUUAGUUCGCAAAAUCUUCAUUUAACCUCUGACAACGCAACAGUUACAGAUACCAAUGUGGACGUGAAACUUGAAUUAAAUACUGCUAAUUCAUCUGAAGAGACGUCUCAUGUACAAGUAGAGCCACCUAUUCAAGAAGAUAGCAUGAAUUCGCCAAUUGCUCUAACUUCGUACUCGCCAAGACGAUCAGAGCCCACUAAACCUCCUACUCCAAACCCAUCUCAAAUACUUGUAUCAACAUAUCAACAACCGUUUAAUGAUUCAGAAAGAGUCAGUGAUAAACACCUGUUAAAUGUUUCUUCUGGGCCUACUCCGGUCACACAACCUUUUAAUUCUUCGUUUUACCCUUAUAGCAAUCAAAUGCCGGACAAAAUACAUGCACCUAUGUAUGAAACACAAUUAGAACCUCAAAACUUAAAAAUUAAGCAAGAAAUCUCAGACCCAUUACAAUCUUUGAAAGAGGUUAAAGUGCCAGGCUACACUGGUGCCGGUUCUGUAUCUCAGCCAUUACAAGCUACCAACUCUAAUAUUAGUGUUAAUACAGACUUGGCUAACAUGUCAGUUGAGAGUAUUAAAAAAGAACCGGAAAUGAAAUCUCCAUUGCAGGCUAAAGCGCAUACACAAAAUUCAUCUGCCCCUAUGUUUGCUCCCCCGUCAUCUGUUCCUCAACCAACUAUGCAUCCAUCUCAACAAAUAUCUCCCCUCAAUCGAAUGUCUCCAGCCGGUGGAGUUCCUCCUCACCAUCCAUUUGCUGCUAUGCAUCCACACCAUCCAUUAAUGCAUCCACAUUCGUUAAUUGCUGCCGCAGCAUUGGGCCAUCCACCUCUUCCUUUUCAUCCACAUGCUCAUCCUGCAUAUGCUGGGUAUCCUCCUUAUGGUUUUCCAUACGCCCCAUAUCCUAUUCCGCCGCCAACCAAACGAGGUCCUGAUGAAACUACAACAAUGACCGCUCAUCAUCAUCAUUCAGUCAGUACGAGCAGCCGUAUAGAUGAAGAAAUAACUCAUCAUUCAAGUUCGACUUCAGUACAGCAUCUUUCGAGUUCAACGGAUAAGCACACCUUAUCGCAUUCUACUACCUCGUCAUCACAGUUAGUCCAGCACAAAUUGAAAAGAGGGAAUAGUCCUCAGUCUGGUUCGAGUCAUAUAUCUGCAACACUUUCCCAUACUACCUCUUCGUCUUUAUCUACACACGGUGGUACUGGUAACGUGGGUAAUGGUAGUCAUACACACCAUCAUCAGCAUACACAUCAUCACCAGCACGCCUCUUCUUCUGUACACGGAUCAAGUCGAAAUUUACCUCCUCAAGCUGCUGCUAUUAAAAGUAUGCCACACCACACACCAUUAUCUUUGGAAGCUCUUAGAGCUCAUACAGCAUUACAUGGUUACAUGGGAGCUAUGGAACUAGCUACGGGAAUGCCGCCUAGCAUGGAAAUGAUAAAACCAGAUCAAAUAAUGAGUCAGAGUACUGACGAUGGAAAUAAUGAUGACGAGCGAUUAUCAAGCCCAAAUGUACAUAUUCCACGAGGACCGUCACCUGAAUCUAAGAUAGAGGAUAGCGAAUGUCAUCGUAGUAACAAUGCAAUAUUUUUGAGGCAUUGGAAUAGAGGAGAACACAAUUCUUGCUGUCGUACGGACUUAACAUUUAAGCCAGUUCCAGAAUCAAAACUCAGUAGGAAGCGAGAAGAACGUACCAGGCGACAAGCUGAGAAAGAACGAGAUGAACGUGAUAAAUCACAUUCGAGAAAAAGUUCAAACAGUGAUAAACACAUGCAAGCCUCUAAUGAACAAAUAUCAAAACCACCUUCUCGAGGAGGUAUUGAAUCUCUCCAAUCACCUUAUGAUAGAGUGAGUAGUUACCAACAUCGUGGAACACCAGCAAAUGCACCAGUUUAUCCAGAUACACCUGCAUUGCGACAGCUUAGUGAAUAUGCAAGACCGCAUGCAGGUUUUUCUCCAUUGUCAUUACAGCGUUCUGCACCUGGUUUGGGAUUACCACCACAUUGUAUUGAUCCCAUGUUGCAUUACCAGUUCAACAUGUAUCCAAGAGACAGAUUCGAGUAUGAACAGAUGGAAAGAGAAAAACGUGAAAGAGAAUUAAGGGAGUUGCGAGAAAAAGAAUUAAACGAAAGACUAAAGGAUGAAUUUUUAAAAUCUGGGUCGUCUGGUCCACCUAGAAUUGAUCCGCAUUGGAUAGAACUACAACGUAGAUACGGAGGUACACCAGGAUUACAUCCGUUUGGAUUAUAUCCGUCGCCUGGAGCUCCUAGUCAACCUCCAACGCCAGGUAAUCUAAAUCCAAUGGAACGAGAAAGAAUGGACAGGCUUGCGAAUGGUCCUAAUGCAAACCCAAACCAAAAUAAUUCAAGUGGUGGCCCACCAGGGUCUGCUGCAGAAGAAGCUAAUCGUUUAGCGUUGGCAACAGAUCCGAUGGUGAGAUUGCAGCUUGCUGGAAUUUCUCCUGAAUAUCACGCACAUACUCAUGCACAUUCACAUACACACUUACACCUUCAUCCAGGACAACAAGCAGCCGCUGCUGCAGCUGCCGAUAGUGCAGCUGUAUCUGCAACUUCACCAUCAGUUUUCCCACUUGGCUCUUCUGGUCCAGGAGUAUACCCUCGACCUAAUCUUAUGGCAGGUCGUGAUCCUUCGUUAGGUCUUCAUCAUCCAAGUGAUGUUUUAGCUCGGCCAUUCGCGGAUCAAGUUGCACAUGAACAUUUCCAAAGACAAAUGAUGAUGGAACGUGAACGAUUUCCACAUCCCGCACUAAUGGCUCAUGAAGAGUUUAUUAGGUAUAACACAAUAAUGCAACAACAACAAAGAGAACGAGAAAUGAAAGUUCGUGCUCUUGAAGAAGCUGCCCGCGGUAGACCCUAAUUAUUUAAGUCUUUAUCAAUUAACCACAGGUACAUGAUAAAUGAAUCUAAUUUUAAUGUAUUCUAAAAACAGAAUUUUAAAAGGUAUCAAUAGUUGUACUGAUUUAAAAUUUCUAAUAUAAUAAUGAUUAAAAAUACCUGCUUUAGAAUAACAAGACUAAUAAAGUAUAAAUUAUCUAUUCUAAUCCCGAGAGUUAGAAUAUUUUUAACUCGCAUGUUGGGCCUUUUAAAGUAUUGAUCAAUAUUUUUUUUAUGUUAGCUUAUAAUUAAGCUUA